UGUCACUGUCACAUUGUGGACUGUGUUGUGACUUGUGACUGUUAUGAUCCUAAUGAUAAAUAUUUUAAACUAUGUUGUUAACACUAGGCGAUCAAAGUGCAAUUAGAUAAGAGGUUCAGAAGUUUUUGCUCUUCACAUUUUUUUAAGUUUAUAUACAUAUAAAGAUGUCUUUUGGAUUUGGAAAGUUCGGACCAUUAGUUGGGGCUAUUGACGAGGGCACCUCAAGUGCGCGUUUUAUUAUUUUUAAAGCUAACUCUUGUGAAGUAGUGGCAUCAUACCAAAAGGAGCUAGAACAAUAUUUUCCACAGGAAGGAUGGGUUGAACAGGAUCCCAAUGCUAUUCUAGAAGUUGUUACCAUAUGUAUUACAAAAGCUGUAGAGCAAUUAAUAUCAUUAGGCGGGAAACCCCAGGACAUAAUAGCUGUUGGUGUUACAAAUCAACGGGAAACUACAAUUGUGUGGGAUAAAUACACUGGAAGGCCAUUACACAAUGCCAUAGUGUGGCUUGACAUGAGAACUUCAUCUACCAUUGAAAAGCUUCUUGACACAGUGCCUAACAAGACUAGGAAUAAGAAUUAUUUGAAGCCGUUGUGUGGUCUCCCAUUGUCACCGUACUUCAGUGCCGUCAAGCUGAGAUGGCUAAGCGACAAUGUUGACGUAGUGAAACAAGCUAUGAAAAAAGGGACAUGCUAUUUUGGUACCGUUGAUUCGUGGAUUAUAUGGAAUUUAACAGGCGGUCCAAACGGCGGCAAGCACGUCACUGAUGUAUCGAAUGCCUCGCGAACAAUGCUCAUGAAUAUAGAAAAUUUAAAAUGGGAUCCUUUGCUGAUUAAGUUCUUUGAAGUAACAAAAUCUGUUUUGCCAGAAAUCAAAUCUAGUUCUGAGAUAUAUGGCCGUGUGGCAGAUGGUCCUCUCAAAGGCGUACCUAUAUCUGGUUGUUUGGGGGAUCAGCAAGCAGCUCUAGUGGGACAGAUGUGUCUGCAGAAGGGUCAGGCAAAGGCUACGUAUGGUACUGGCUGCUUUGUCCUAUAUAAUACAGGAGAUAUUCGCGUGAACUCCAGCAGGGGGUUGCUCACAACGGUCGCAUACCAGCUGGGUAGCUAUAAUCCACCUUGCUACGCUCUAGAGGGCUCUGUAGCUGUAGCUGGGGCCGCUUUAGGUUGGCUAAAAGACAACAUAGGCAUGAUAGAGAACGCCAAGAAAUCACAGGAAAUUGCUGAGAAAGCCACAGAUAAUGGCAGUGUCGUUUUUGUACCGGCUUUUAGUGGGUUAUACGCCCCAUAUUGGAGACAAGAUGCUAGAGGCGUUAUCUGUGGUAUAACAGAAGAUACAAACUCAAACCACAUCGUCAAAGCUUCUCUAGAAGCGGUUUGUUUCCAAGUCCGCGACAUACUAGACGCUAUGAAUGAAGACUGCGGCAUUCCCUUACAAUUGUUGAAGGUUGAUGGGGGUAUGACGUCGAAUGAUCUUGUAAUGCAGAUGCAGGCUGAUCUUAUUGGCAUAAACGUUAUAAAGGCCGGUUUCACAGAGAGCACAGCGUUGGGGGCAGCCCUGGUCGCGUUCUGGGGCGUCGAGAAUAACAAAGCUGCAACCAUAGCUAUGACCAGUGGAGUCACUUACGUACCACAGAUAAGUGAAGAUGAGAGGGACAUGAGAUACAAACAGUGGAAAAUGGCGGUCGAAAGAUCAUUGGGUUGGGAACAGAAUUAAACUGUUAAAAUGAACUCUCAAUAGAUUUAUAUUCAGACAAAGUAAUAUAUAUAUUUAUAUAUUUUUGAAUUCAAAAUGUAAUUAACGUAUCACGACGUUAUUGUAGUUAUUAAGAUUUUAGUAUAAAUAAAUGUGGCCUAUUUUUUUGAAUGAUUAUAACACCUUACUGGUACUCGUAUAAGUAAUAUUUACAUAAAAAUAUACAUCUUCGAAAUUGGCGCUUGAAAGUAUUAUAUAAUUUUAAUUCUCGAAAAUAUAAUGUUUCCAAAAAAAGCACUUCAUGAUUAAUAUGUGUUAAAUUAUUUGCAUUAUAAAUUUUUUUUUUUGAAUUUUUUCAAAGGUUUUAUAACUGAUAAUUGAAAUGAAUAUGAAAUAAAAAUAAUUAUAUAUAAUAAAAUUAUAUGUAAUGAAAUUAAUUGAAGUGUGUAUUUUAUUAAUUGAAAAGGAAAUUAUAUGAUAUUUUUGUUUCUGACAUCACAUUGAAGUUUAUCUAUGAUAACAGUAUAAGUAUAAGCAUAUUAUACAUAUAUAUAUAUAUACAAACAACAUGUAUUGAUGUUCACAUGUUUUGUAGAGGGUGUAGAAUGUUUAUGCUCAAUGCAAUGUAAUGUGCACCCUGGUGCGAUAUAACUCAUAAACUAAUACAAAAUUAUAAUUUUUGAUUGUUGCAUUGCAUAUUUUUCGUCUCGUAUCUAAUAUAUUAUAUUUAGUUAUUAAGACAUUAUAAUUGGUGUCAAAGUACAUUUGUACUCAUUGUUAUAUUUAGAACCUAGAAUCAUACUGCGGGGUAAAAUAUAGUUUUAGAUAUAUGAUA